AUGAAAUAUGCGAAAACCCUCAUGAUAAUCAGCAGGAGAGAAAACAUAACCAAAAAUAUAAUGUCUGAUGAGAUCUAUGAGCUACUCAUUGACGAAUUGAACAACAUGUGCCUUGGCAACCAAAGAUUAAAAGACAAGGACCAAGUAGAGAGUCAUCCACAACAAAAUCCAUUUGUUGAGAGGUCUUCUUCGCAAGAGUCGAUUGACACAUUUGUCCCAGUUGGAAGCUUAAAAGCCCAUGUGAAAGAGAAAGCCCAGGCGGUUUUUGGCUCGAUGCCUACUGUUGAGCUUAAUAGAUUAAUUACGACGAUUGUCCAGAUUAAAAACAAAUCGUUUGGGAAAAUGACAAGGUUUUGCUGCAACACAGAGCAGUUUUUUACAUUUCUAAAAACCUUUUUUGAGAAGCAAAAUCCAACAAUAAGCCCAAUAGAGAAUUUGAUUCAGAUUUUGGAGCUAGAGAAAAACAGGGAGAUUAUUGAGCCACUAGCGAUCAAGUAUUUCAAGGUUGUUUUCUACUUUCAAAAGCCCCUGUCUCCCUCAUAUUACGAACUAUCAAUUGUUUACAAUAUGAUGAAAAUUGACUUUAAAGAGGAUCAAUAUAUUAAAUCAGUCGUGAAUGUAAUACUAAGAGAGUUUAUUUUGAACCUUGUGAAGAAAUAUGUAUCAAACACCAGAGCCAAGCUUACAAAUGCCCAAGUAAAGGAGUUUUCAGGGAUAAUAGAAAUAACGAUUAACGCCUUCAAUGGUAUAAUUGUUGAAUUGGAUGUCGAGCCUGCCGAAAUUUCAAGAAUCAUAUAUGUUAUGCUAUGCUUUUACCUGAAUAGAUAUAAAUCAGAGUUUCACAAGAACUACGGGAUAAGAGAGCUGUUCUAUUGUGCAGUACGGACGGUUUAUCAGGGACACCAGUUUGCCAAGCGACUUGAAUGCUUUAUUGCGUCAAAAUUAAAGUGGAAACUAAAAACAGAAGAUCAAGAGUUUACAUGCGACAAGAUUUACCAAACACUUUUCAAACACGAAUAUAAGAAGACUGUUGGAAAAAUUAGACAUAGAAAUAUCAGCUAUAUGAAGUACUCUAAUGGAUUGAGUGGAGCUUCAAGUAAUAGCAGUUCUUCCGACGAGAACCAACGAGUUUUGAUAACAAAAAUUGUUCAAACAACUCCUAAAAUGAACAAGUCACAGGAGAAGUAUGCAUUUUCUCCGCUAAGCAGGCGAAUCGGGGAGUCCCUUCAGAGUAAGGAAAAUCUGGACAGCAAGAGAAAGCUUAAGUUUGAAGAGUAA